AUGUUCUUAAGAAAAUACGAACCACUUACAUUAUGUAGAGUGUUUAUUUUAAUUAAAUUUACAGUGAUAUUGUUAGCAGUUCUUAUCAUAUUAUCAAUUGGAGUACGUAACGAUUCCCCAACUAUUGCAACAAAUCAGGCUUCAAUGGAAUGGUUUCCUACUCCAGACGAUAAUUCAAAUUGUUCGGAGUAUAUAACUCAACCGACACUUGAUGUCGGUUCUGGUCUAUGGACGGGAAAAUUCUCGAGUAAUCUAUCAUUUCCCGAUGUUCAAAUACACGGCGAUUUUCAACUAAAUCCGUGGGGGGUUAUACAAAGAAAACUUUUUAGAAAUAAAACAUGUAAUAAAUUAAUUGAAAGAUUAAAUCAACCAGAAGAGAAAAAGUAUAUAUGGUUAAGGUUAGCGGAUCAAGUCGAUGAUGAAAUGAACGUAGACGAUGAAAAAGAAUUAGACGAAUUAAAAAAAUUAAAGAGAGAAGUUGAACUUCUUGAGGCAUUUAUCAAACUUUCUAAUAAAGAAAAUGAAGUACCGGUUAAUGAAAACGAAACAAAUAAAGAAAAUGAAAUACUAGUUAAUGAAAAUGAAACAUAUCUUGAAAAUAUAUCGGGUUCUGAAUUUGAAGAUUAUAAUGAUGAUUUACCAUUAAUUAGUACCAUAGAAAUUGAAGUAUUUGAGGAAUUGAUAAAAUUCGGAAUGAUUGACAAAAGUUGA